AUAGCAACAGUGAAAGUGGCAACAAAGAUGGCGGCGAAAGACGAGCGUGCUGCUUCUGAAGUUUUGAGAGCACUUGCUCGACAUCUCAACUGCCUCAACGAAGACAGCAAAACUACAAGAAAAAGAGCCCUUGAAGCAAUUAAAAGAGAGACUAUCGAUAAAGGUCUUUCUAGCGGCGUGUUGCAGGAGAUUUUCACUUGUCUGCUAAAGGCGCUACUGAAAUGCCUGUCAGAUCCCAUGGAAAGAUGCAGGGAGACUGCCAUACACAUGCUCGGAGACUUCAUUCGGUGUGUUCCUCAACCGGAGGAUUCGUUGCCUUAUCUCAUGCCCGCUUUGACACAGCGGCUCGGCGGUAAAGAGAUCCUGGAACCAGCGGAGGAACUUAGACUAUCCAUGGUGGAGGUGCUUACUCUCACGGUGGAAGUGUGUGGUAGGCACCUAGCUCCCUACCUCGAUGAUAUGAUGAAGAUAUUGCAGAGAACAAUCGUGGAUCCUUUCCCAGACGUCAAAAGGGAGAGCUGCAAAUGCACAGUUAAUUUUGCAAAAAGGGUGCCAGAACAUUUCCACAUGCAGGCAGAGAGCUUGGUCAAGCCCCUGAUGCAGACCAUCUCCCACCAGCACUCCCGUGUGCGCGUCUCCACCAUCGAGGCCACUGGAGCAGUGAUCCAGUACGGCGCAGGGAAGAACGUGGACGAGGUGCUUUCUCACUUGGCUCAGAGGCUGUUUGACGACUCGCCACAGGUGAGAAAAGCUGUGACUACAGUGGUGGGGCAGUGGCUCCUCCAUCUGCCAGACAGAUACUCCUACUUCCACAAGCUCCUCCCCCUCCUGAUAAGCAGCCUAAGCGACGACAUCCCCGAGAUCAGUCAAGUAGCCACUGACCUGUGGAGACAGACGGGCGCUCUCUGGGAGCAGGAGAACGAGGACGACCUGAAGGACAAGAUGGAUUUCCUCCUGACCCUGCCUGGCCUCUACCCUGCUGGGGUGGAGCGUCCCGGCCUGGGCUGCAGGGAGCUGGUGGUGAGGAACCUCUCCAAGCUGUUGCCGGCGCUGGCCCGCGACGUGGCGGACUGGGUGGUGGGCACGCGGGUCAAGACGGCCCAGCUCCUGUACGCCCUGCUGCUGCAUGCCGAGGACCACUGUACCCAGCACCUUCAGCUGCUGCUCUCCAUGCUGUACCGCGCCUGCGCCGACCCCGAGAGGGACGUGGUCGCCAACUGUCUGAGGUCUGCCAAGCUGCUGGGGACUUUCGUCAGCCCCGAGGUCUUCCUCAAGUUGCUCCUGGCCCACGUGGAUGCUCCCUCGUCGUCAUCCUCCCCCCACACCCCGGUCAUGGUGCUGGGCGCCGUGCUGUCCGGCUGCUCCCGGGACCUGCUCAGACCACACCUCCAGGACAUCGCCGGUGUGCUGGUCCAGCCAGAUGUCUGCCAGGAGUACCAGCAGACGGUGUAUCUGGAGCAGCUGCUGUCCUGUGUGGAUGUCCUGUUGUCUCUGUGUGAGGAGGACUGUGGCUCCAUCAGUCUACAGCUCCUCCAGGUGCUGAUCACUGUCCACAGCCUCUCUACUGAGCCACAGCUCACUGACCAGGUGGAGCGGAGUGUCCAGUGUCUGUGCAGGGUCCAGGCUCUGCCCACAGUGACAGACCUCUACAGGCAGCACAUGACUCAGCUGCUCCAGUGGCUGUCGGCCUUUCACCAGACCUGGACCAGCUACUCCACCCAGAGACUGCAGCUUCAAGUCAUCGUCACCCAAUCAGGCCCGGUCGUCGGAGAGUUCCUACCCCAGCUGAUGCCCCUGCUCCAGAAGUGUCUCCACCCAGACAGGGACCCGGAGAUGAGACUACACGUCUUCACCGUGCUGUCCAGACUGCUGCUGGACGCUACACACACACUCGACUCCCAGGGACGGUUCUGUGAGCACCUGGAUGUGUUUCUGUUGGAUCUGUUGCUUCCUAACCUGGUGUGGAGGGCAGGCCGUACUGCCGCGGCGAUCCGGACCUCAGCCCUCAGCUGUCUGCUAGCUCUGCUGCAGGGCGGGGCCAUCACACCUGGACAGCUGCUGGGUGUAGAGGAGAGGCUGAGCCCUCAGGUGUUGUCAUGCUUGGAGGAGGACUCCCAGCUGUCCCGUCUGCUGGCCUGCCAGUCCCUCUCCACCCUGCUCAAACUGACUGGAGCCAGCCUCCAUGCCGACGCACUCAACAAGCUCUACCCCGAGGUGCUGAAACGUCUGGACGACAGUAGUGAGGAGGUAAGGGGCGUGGCCCUCAGUACUCUAGGCCAGUGGCUGGCCACGCUGGGGAAAGACUACAACACCCAGCUGUACAGCCAACACCUGGAGUUCCUGUUCCAGCAGCUGCUGCUGCAUCUGGACGACCCAGACAGCCGCAUCCAGGACACUGUGCUGGAGGUCCUGAAGAUUGGCAGUGCUGUCCAUCCUGUACUCCUCAAGCAGGAAGUGGAAGCGGUGAGGGAUAAACAGCGCAGCCCUGUCUACUGUGACAAACUACUCCAGCACAUCCACUCUCUGCCUAAGGACACAGCAUAGAAGUUCAUUGUUAAGACAGAUGGACUGAUGUACAGCCAGGGAAAUGAACCUGCAACUCUCACCGAUGGUCAAGCAUGGACUCUCAUUAACACACACACAGCUGUCACUAAAACAAUGGUACUGUUCUAUAGGCAACAGAAGAUUUUACUUGAGACAUUGGAUUACAAUGUAUCUAUGUUACAGCACUAUGGUAGAUACCCACACACUCUUUACAAAAAUAAAUUGUUCAUCUGGUUAGGUUUUCUCUUAGAACUAAAACUUUUACCAUUUCAUUUUUAAUAUCUCUGAGAAACCUCCCAAAACCCAUGUUAAUGGUAAUUUAUGUUAUAAAUUGCUAUGCUUUUUAAUGGAUUCCCCUAAAGGUGUUUGCAUUGAAUUGAACUUGUGUUGAUUGUUGAUAUUUCAUUCCGUUUUGACCCUUUGAUUUAUUUUAUAAUUAUAAUUCAUAUUUGGUUCAUUGGACUGCAGUUUGUAUUCAUUGUUACUCUGGUUAUACAAGUAUUCCAAUGUCAUAGUGAGCAUUCCAAUGUUUAUGCAGGGUAAUGAGGUCUGAUACUCUAGAAAUAUAAUGCAAUACAGUAUAUUAUUGGAA